AUGUCAAGCAAUCCUAUGCUUUUAAACCGAGUCAUUGGUGCACAGAGUGGAGGUUUAAGAGCGGCACUUUUAGCGAAAAUGGCAGGCUAUGGUGGAGCUGCAGACGGAACAGCCUAUAACCCUCAAAGUCAAAUGAAUUUGAGUUCACUCAAAAAUCAAAUAACAGAUGUCAAAAAGUCAAACAUAGACAUACAGAAGCAAAUAAGUGAAAACGAAAAGAAACUAGAAUAUGACAGACACACAAAGAAACUCAAUGAGUUAAACGUAGAGAAAAAGAAGAAAGAAGAACAACUGAAAGAACUAAGUACAGAGGAAUAUGCGAAAAAAGUGUCAGAAAAAGCAGCAGAAGUAGCAAAAAUGGAACAAGAUGUUUAA